AUGGAUCGGACCGGCUCACCAGCGUACUCUCCGUCCGCCACCCUCGCCCACCCGGCUCGGCUUGCCCGGACUGUCGCCGAGGCCAUGGACGACAAGGUCGACACGGACGACUUUGAUGACGACCGAGUGGGCUCCUUUGAUGGCCAAGGAGACGACGAUGACGACGGGUGGGCGGCGUUUAUGGAUGUGUCCGGUGGCGCCGACCGCAUCGCGCUCCGAUCGCAGCGGGUGCUGGACCAGUUCUGGGCGUCGGACGUGGCCAUGGCCUCGCCGCAGUCAUCGCCCUCGCCGUGGUGGCGUCGCCUUGGCUCUGGCUACGGCUACGAGUCGGACGACGCGGACGAUGUCGACGUUGAGCUCGGGCGCAAUGGCGACAGGCUGCAGAUGCGGCGUGUUGACGAUGGCUGGAUCCUGGUCGAACCGGUCUCAGUCGAGCCACCGGACGUGUGGUCCAACGCGGCGCUGCUCCCGCCGUACACCCGGGGCUUGGUGACCAGCUUUGGCUGCGAUCCGGUGCUGGCGGCCAUGCCCGAGUAUCUCGAGUCGGUUGUGGCGGCGCACGGGACGCAGCGGAGCAAGCUGAAGGCUGCCUGCGCGCACGCACUCACGCGUGCCGAGCUCAUUGGUGUCGACCCGCCCGGGCAUGCUCUGCCGCUACCUGGCAGCGAUGGUGGCGAUGCCGAGUGGCUGGAGAGCCUCACGGCGCCGGCAGCAUCGCCCGAGGCUGCUGCCCGGCUUUCGCUCCACUCUGCACUGAGCGAGUGGUCGCGAUCGCGUCUGGCGGAGCUUACCCACGAGAACGCCAAACUUGCUGCCGAGGCCUAUGCCCGCUGCGACCUUCGCGCCGCACAUCUCCGCAUGGCGCAGGCACUCCUGACGUACCAAGCAGCCGAAGCGACCGCCUUUGCACGGCUGGUGGCAGCGACGUCGGCACUUGCCCAGGCCGCGCCAAGCGGCCGGGCCCUGAUUCAGGACGAGCUCCGGGCGCUGCUUACCGAGCACGAGGCCGCCAUCACCGAUCUCCGCGCCCAGCAUGAGUCUCAGCUCGCGGCGCUUGACAGCGGCGGCUCGGCCGCCGUCCGUGCCACCGUGCUUGAGGCACAGGCGGCCGACAUCGUGGCGCUGCGAAACGCGCACGCCGAGGAGCAGAGCGCACGCACCUCGGCUUGCGUCGCUGCUGUCCUUACCGCCGCCGCCACCGCCACCACCCCGCGCCCGCUGCCCCGCUUGUACGAUCCGCUGCCGGAGCCGAGCACCCUUCUGCCGCCACUGGAGCGGUAUGGCCUUGAUCCGCUCUGUGCCGCCGCGCUCCCCGCACAACAUGCCCACCCGGCCUGUGUCUGGGAGCUGCUGCGCGACGACGGGCUCGACUGGCAAACUGUAGAGCCAUGGCCGGGUUCUACGGCGCAGUGA